AUGAUUAGAAAAUGGACAAUAUUAUUUAUCUGGGUAAUUACUAAUAUUUUUCAUUCAACGGUGUCACUAAUGACAACGAGAAACCAGCAUGUUACUGCGUGGGUUACUUUUAUGGAUUUAUUAAGUACAAUUGUUACGCAAACCAAGGGUAUAGUCACGAAACUAGGAAACGACAUGGAAAUGAACUUUUACAAAUCGGGGCCAUAUUCCAGAAUGCUGUCUUGGUCUAUCCAAGAUUUUAAGCAAAGCAAAUAG